AUGUGCGAGCGUGGGCGCAGUUCAGUGUUGCUAUAGGGACCGUGUGGUGGUCGGUUUCCAAAACAAAAGCCUCGAGCCGUCCCCGAGUCCGACGAGUGCUGUCCUAGCCCUGUGCACCGGCAGCAGUCGGGACAAUGCAACUUUCCGCGUUCAGGUACACCCUGAUGCUGGUCGUCCAACUUUCGCUGCUCGUCGUCGACCUGCUGUUCAACACGUUCAUCCACCGGUACCUGGCCAACACGGGCAUCUCGAUUCUGCUGUUCGUGCUUCAAGAUAUCGGUCAACUGGUCGCCAUCGCUGUCCUACUCAUUACGUUUUUUCAGACUAAUAUUUUCCAGGCCGGUUUCAUUGUGCUGUUGUUCAACGAGUUCCGGUCGACCAUCAUCGCCGGCGUCGGUUAUUUCCUGCUCACCAUAUUCGUGCAGGUGUGGACUCUGACCAACCGUUUCAAAGGCCAAGUGUACUUCUUUUGGCCGGACGGUCUUUACAUAUUUUUCGUUCUCCACAAGUUCACUUCAUGUUUGCACUAUUAUUUAUAUAAAAGAACUGCUUUAACGAUAUCAGACUCCAAAUUUUAUACUGAUGAAUGGAUUAAUCAUCGUAUAAAUCAAGAAUCAGGACAUCAAAGUCCUAAAUAUUGAUCAAGUUAAAAUUAAGUGAUCGAAAGCAGACCAGAAGAAAAUGUCAAGACAAUUAGCAAUAAAUCAAAAUCACAAGAACUUAUUUACAUGGUAAUAGUUAUUACCAAUUAACUUCAAUUAUUGUUAAUUGUAAUGGCAUAGGAAAUAAAGUGAGAAGUGUAACCGGAA